ACUUGUUUCGGUGCCGUAGAGUACAAUACGUAUCCUCAAAUUUGAGUAUUCAGAAGAUUCGUAUUUUUUCUCAGGCUGGUUCCGGUCGAGGACUUCGUCUGUCAAAUCGCGGUGUUAAAAAACUAUUCUCGUAUAACUGCCUGGUGGUUCUUCCCGUCCAAGGCACAAGAGCGCCGCAAUCUUUCCUGCCAAGCCUCAAACCGGAACCAGACCAGGAAGAGUUUUCAUAUCAUCGGACUGUACGGGCGUUAACGGAGUGACAGGGAUGGCGUAAAUAUAAACAUUUACACAUCAAUCGGAAUCUGCCUUGAACGUGGUCUGGUUUGAUCAUCAAUGUCUUCAAGCCGCCCCGUCUGGUACAAUGCGGCCACAGCGCCGUGCGCGGUGUGCGGUGCGGAGGGCCGGCCGUGCUCGCGCUGCCGCGUCCACUACUACUGCGGCCCGGAGCACCAGAAGCAGCACUGGCGCACGCACCGCCCCGGCUGCGGCACCGUCAAGCUGGACGGCGACGUCCUGGUGGCGGUCAAGGACAUCCCCGCCAACACCUGCAACAUGCGCGAGCUGCCGUCCGUCGUCUUCCCGUGCCAGCCGCACUUCCUCCAGAAGCCGUCGGUUGUUUUGUGCGUGGCGUGCUGCGUCGACGUGAGCAAGUCUUACUCCCAGUGCGGCCGCUGCGGGCUCCCUGUCUGUGACGACACCUGCAGCCAGUCCAGCAGUCACCAGGGGGAGUGUCGCGUGUUCCAGGAGGCAGGGUUUGUAGUGCCCAAAGCUCACAUCGACGAUGCUGGCGUCCCCGUGGGCACCGCUGUGUGGAUUCUGCGCGGUGCGUUGGCGUCCCUCGACAACCCGCUGCUUGAGUAUCUGCACCAAGACUUGGGCUUCGGCGAGAAACCGCCAAGGAGGCUGCCAGCGAUGUGGGAGACCGCCAACCUGAAGGUCAACACGCGUGCGGUGCGCUACCUGCGCGACACUGUGGGCGUCAGGCGAGUCUCCGAACGGGACCUGCACCGCGCCGCGCACGUCGUCAUCACGUAUGCCGGCAUCUCCGAGGGCCCGUUUGUGGUCACGGAGUUCAAGAAGCAGGCCUACGUCGGCAUCUUGUACGUUGGAAUGUCCUUGAGGAAGCAUAGCUGCUACCCAAACUCUGCUGACAGACUAUUCAGACCUUACUCAGACGAGUUCACCAUUGUCACUACAAGAGAUGUGUCUGCCGGGCAAUGCAUCACAACAAGCCGCCAGGGCGGCUCCUGGGAUGACCACACACGAGAUCGUCGCAAGAACGUCAUGAUGCGCUGGGGGUUCGUCUGCGACUGUGAACGCUGCAGCGACCCGACCGAGCUGGGGAUGUACGUAGACUCGCCGUGCUGCCCGGCCUGUGCAGGAAACGGCAAGCAAUGCUUCCUGGUACCGGUCGGGGACACCGUCCGCAACCACUGGUCCUGCGAGGGUUGCAAGAAGUCGGUGCCACUGCCUAAGCUGAAAGCCAUGACGAAGCGAGCAGAAAAGCGGUUGAAAGAGCUUUCAAAUUCUUCGAUGGAGGAGUUGUUGAAGUUCAUCGCUGAGCACUCGUACCCACGGGGGCUCUUGCAUCCCACCCACGCACUGGUGCUCCAUGCCAGGAAGGCUUUCAUGACAGACUACCACUUGCGCAGAGGCAUGCAGCAUCUUUUCCAGCUCAAGGAAAUGGGGGUGACAGGAUCUUCGACCCGUGCACAGCGGGAGCAGCUAGGCAUUCCAGUGCAGUACGUGAGUGGCUGCGAAGAAGUGAUCCGUGAGCAGCUGCGAGCCCUGAACGCUCUGCUGCCCGGCAUGACCACCCAGCGGUUGGCGCUGCUGUGCGAACUGCGCUGGCAAAUGCUCGGCAAGCUUGAAGGGCUCAGAGCAGACGCCAGACGCCUUCGGACUCAGGAGGCUGGGCUAACGGUGGCCAUUAUGACGGAGGCAGUGAUGGACGUCAUCAAGCAGAUUAGACGUCAUUUCUUCUUCUUGCGGGACGACGACGAGAUGCUGCAGGCUGUAAUUAAAAACGGACUCCCGAAGGACUGUAACUUUUUCUAGUGAUUGGUCACCGGUUUGGCAGUGUUUAUGUUAGUCAUGUGACACUGGUAACGGGCUUAAGCUUUCAUGAUGUUAGAUUAUUAAGUAAUUUACUAUAUUCAGCAGACGACAUUCCGUUUUCAUAUCCGCCUUGUCAAAAUAUUCCACUGUUCACUUCGGUAAGUGGAUGUAGUUCCUUGUUUCGUAUUUCGAAGUUGAAAUAAAGGAAACUUGUUAAACUGUC